AGCCCCAAACGAAACUAACGUAUUACACACGUUCACUCAAACCACAAUGCAUGUGAUUUUCUAUGAAGUAAAAAAAAAAAAAAUGGAAAGCAAAUGCAAUUUGAUUAGAAUAGGAAAAUACUGAUAACGCGCUACUGCCACUAAUCUAGAAAGCUCUGAGAAUCCAAAGGCCAAAACGGCUAAGAACUUCUGAAAUCAAAACUCCUUUCCAGCCUCAGCCUUUAUUUAAUCUACGACAACUUCCAUUCCAUAUGUAAACUUCUCCACUAGCGGACAAACAAACGACAACUCAACUUCCAACCACAAAAUGUCAGUAGUCCCCGCCCCACAACCUGAACGACCGCUCUUUGCCGAGGUCGGCAUGGGUGGCGACGCCUCCACAGCUAUCGUCCGGGCAACCGUGGUCCAAGCUUCAACCAUAUUUUAUGACACGCCUGCUACUUUAGAAAAGGCGGAGAGGUUGUUGGCUGAAGCAGUGGGGUACGGGUCUCAGCUGGUGGUUUUCCCUGAAGCGUUUAUAGGUGGAUAUCCACGUGGCUCCAAUUUUGGUGUUACCAUUGGGAACCGAACUGCUAAAGGGAAAGAAGAGUUCCGGAAGUAUCAUGCUUCAGCUAUUGAUGUUCCUGGUCCCGAAGUUGACCGUUUGGCAGCCAUGGCUGGAAAGUAUAAAGUAUACUUGGUAAUGGGUGUGAUAGAGAGAGAUGGAUACACUCUAUAUUGUACAAUUCUGUUUUUCGACUCACAGGGUCGAUUUCUGGGGAAGCACCGAAAGAUCAUGCCCACGGCAUUGGAGCGUAUAAUUUGGGGAUUUGGAGAUGGAUCAACAAUUCCAGUUUUUGAGACUCCAAUUGGAAAAAUAGGUGCUGCCAUUUGUUGGGAAAAUAAAAUGCCACUUCUAAGGACAGCAAUGUAUGCAAAAGGUAUUGAAAUAUAUUGUGCACCUACUGCUGAUUCAAGGGAUGUGUGGCAAGCAUCAAUGACCCAUAUUGCUCUUGAGGGUGGGUGUUUUGUUUUGUCAGCCAACCAAUUCUGUCGGAGGAAAGACUACCCUCCUCCUCCAGAAUAUCUGUUUUCUGGGACAGAAGAGGAACUCACUCCAGAUUCUGUUGUAUGUGCUGGUGGGAGUGUCAUUAUAUCACCAUCUGGAGCUAUUGUGGCAGGACCCAACUACAAUGGGGAGGCACUUAUAUCCGCAGAUCUAGGGAGAAUGUACUAGAGCAAAUAUCUGAACUUAUUAACCAACCAUCAAGAAUAUGGUUAUUUUCAGAAUAUGGCCAUUCAGAAUGUCUUAAGUUAUCAUUUAGCACCCAAUACGAUGGGUGUGAUGGAGAACAAUAUUCUCAAGGUAUUGAUGAAAAGUAAGACCAAUAGUCCAAGGUGCUAUUUCUCUUGGACUUGGGCUAUUGAUGAUCCCAUGUCUCUUGAAAUUCUUGAGACACUAGUUUCUGUGUCAAAGGGUGCAGUGGAAGGUGACCACCAACGCAAUGUUGAGAAUGGAUUUUGUGAUACAUUUUGAGAUGUCAUGUUACCCAUUAAGCCCUUUGUGCGUGCGUGUUUGUGAGAGAGAGAGAGAGAGAGAGAGAGAGAGAGAGACUAGUUUUCUAACAGACUAUACCUACUACCUACUAGAUUUUUCAAGUAAAAUUAUUCGAGUUUCAAUCCCUGUAAAAUUACUGUAUCUGGGCGGUAAGUUCAUGCUGUAGGGUUUAAUCUCUUUCUCUUGUCUUCUCUCCUCAGUUCAUGUCUGUGUUUUUGUGUGUGUGUCUACAUCUGCAUGUCUCUCUCUCGCGUCUGCCUGUCCAAGUGCUUGUAGGCAGGAUUACUCUUUCUGAUUGAUUGCGUCCUUUACAUGUUUCUUCUCGACUGGUAAUAUUGAGUGUACUAAAGCUUAGCAUGAUGUCCGCAAACUUGGAUUUUAAUUUUCUUUGGUGACUAACUUAUAUUAAUGACAUAACCA